AUUUACAUUGUGUGAUAUUUGGUUUGUUUAAUUUCACUAACAUCUGAGUAUUUCUGACAUUUUUGCCUUAAAUACAAGAUACUGGAAAACACUGUUUGGCAAUUGACCCUCAAAAGGUUCUUUUGGGUUGAAAGCCAAACCUUCCUUUCUUUUAAUGCACAGAGUGUGGGAAAACUCUGGAGAGAAGAGUGUAGCUUGAUUAGCAUCCUUGACCCCACCAGUAGCCGACUAUUCUCCAAAGGGAUUUGGCACACGUCAGGAAACAGCUGCCUCAACCUCCCACCCUCAUUUAUGGAGCUGAAAUUUUGAUUCAGUUGUUGAUACAAGGUCACAGUUAUGAUGGGACGAUCAAAAAAUGUAACUGAAAGUUGACUGAAUAAUCUGUCAGAACAAUUUAGUCAACCCUUAAUGACAACACUUUCAUCAAACUUUUAAACUUUGCAAACUGUCAGAGGCAGCCAAUGGUGAUCUUUCCCUCCAGAUGGUUUGGUGACGUCAGGCUCUGUUUCUACUACAACACACGUCCAGUAUCAGCCACAAAAGCUCCAUUCAAAGUCCCUUUGUGGUUCAUUGACCACAGUUCAGGGAGUCAGUGUGGGAACCAGAGAGCAACUUUCUACUCACAGUGACAUCAAGACACAAGUCAGGGGACUGUGCCACAUCUGGACAGCAACAUGAUCAUUGUUAUUAUAACAUUUAGAUACAUCAAGGGUAUUACGGUCUUUUCAAUGCCCAACAGAAAUGGUGUCCAAAAUACAACAAAUCAAACAAAUUUAGAUUUAGGAAAAAGGUCAAAUUUUAUGAAAAGAAAAAAUCUAAGUUAUUGAAGUAAAGAGGGCGAUAUGUGGCCUGAAUUGUACUUUCCAGAUUUGGGCUGUGGCUCAGAGGAAGCAUUAAAACAAUUAAAUUUAGUUACAUGUAAAUAAACAGGAUGUUUUAAACUAAAUGUAAUUAACUGUCACUCCCCCACGUGUGUGAUGAGAUGAUCAGCGUGUGCUCAGUCAAAGUCAUUGAUCCCAGCAUCAGGCAGCAGAUCUGCUCUCUCUACAGGGUCACUGCUUUCCCAGAUUCACACAGAGCUCUCUGAGUCUCUCUCCAUCACCCCCCCAGUCCUCCACCUGUUCCCCUGAGAUCUAACUAUUGUCCCUUAACUAAUAUGACCACUGAGCAUGUGGCAGUUCAGCAGUCCUUUUACUUUUCUUAAGCUCUCUGAUUGGUUGAGAGUGUGAGAACCUUCAGCCAGACCAAGACCCACACAUUCAUAUGGAGAUGUGGGACUAUAAAUAGGAGGGAUGAAGCCAGCAGAGAUCAGACUCUCUCUACAGAGACCUCUACAGCACACAGAUCCAGACAUGGCACCUACAAUCACUGCAGCAAUGACCAACUCUCAGGAGCAUCUGACUCUGACUCACAAGCUCAGAAAGCCUCUGGUGGAGAAGUUACGCAGAGAGCGAAUCAACAGCAGCAUUGAGCAGCUCAAGUCUCUCCUGGGUCCAGAGUUCCUCAAACAGCAGCCAGACUCCAAGCUGGAGAAAGCAGACAUCCUGGAGAUGACAGUUUGCUUCCUGAGACAACUGCAGCAGCAGCAGCAGCAGCAUCAAGCUGUGGACUCAGCAGCUGUCAAUCAGGGCUACUCCAGAUGUGUCCAAGAGGUGGCACACUUCCUGUCCAAGGAGGAGGUGAAGACACAAUCCCAGAGAAGACUGCUGAACCACUUCAACAGGCUGCAGUCCUCCUCUGAUAAGAACCUGAGAGAGGCUGACUUCUCUCCUCUGAGCUCCUCAGUCCAGACCAGCAUCAUCAAAGACAAGAGUCCAGUCAACAGCGCCCUCUGGAGGCCAUGGUAGACACCUACAGACUGGAGUCACUACCAGACAAACUGAGAUGACCAUGUUGGUCAAAGAUUACUGAACUGAAUUCUAUGAAAUUGAAGGACUUGUUCUUCUGUAUAAACAGAAGGUUGUAUUUUCUGUGUUUUUCCUGAGGAAAUGACACAACACCAUCUUUCAAGUUAAGAAAGAAAACAUCUUGUCAUGCAUGUUGCAUGAAUCAAAUCUGAUUGCAUUAGCAAUUAUUAUUAUACCUCACUGUACUUCAAGUGAUGGUAGUGUAUAAAUCUAUGGUAACAUCUGUUAUCUUUUGGUUGGUAUUGAUCAUUAUGAUGAAAUAUCUAAAUGUCCUUUAUUAUGGACAUAUUGUCAUAAUGGACUUUACGUCACUUUAAUCUCUGUGAUUAUUUAAAACUGAUCUGUUGUAAGAUCCAAAUGUUUAUGCUUUUUUUUUAAGUUUUACUAAAUGUCACAGUUUCUCUGUGUUACUUUUAUGCUUCACUGUGCAUCAUGUUUUGGUUAAACAUGAUGCAAUAGUGAGUUUUGUUACAGCUUGAAUAGUAUUGAUCAUUUUGAUCAGACAUUUUAAUUGUCCUUUUUAUGGACAUUUUGUCAUAAUGGACUUUCUGUCACUUUAUGUGAUUAUUGAAAACUGAUCUGUUUAAAGAUCAAUAUGUUUAUCCUUUUACUGUAAAAGGUUUGUUUAAUGUCACACUGUCACAGUUUUAAGUGACAAUGUAAGUUUUACAUUUAGAGAAUUAACUGAAUGUUGUGGUUAUGAAGAAUGUGACCUGUUGUAAGGUCAGUUUUACUGUUUUUUGUUCAGUAAUUGCAAAUGUUUGAUCCACUGGAUAAAAACUCUCAAAGGACAGUGAGGACUGUGUCCUCAAAUACUGUCAAAUGUUUGUCUGUUAUAAAGACAGUUGAUCCCUUACUUUCUCUGAGUACAGUGUGUCUUGUAGAAAUCUACAAGUUGUUGUGAUGUAUCAUCACCUCUAGUUGGAGCUUUCAUACUUGUUGUGGCUCAUUGUGCCUUGUUGAAUAAACAAACACUACCAGAUCAAAACUUUGUGUUUUCAAAUCAUUAUUCUUAAUAUUUAUCCUGAUGAACAAGACACUGUUUAAUGAAUUCCUCCCUCUGAUACUGUUCUCUACAGUGAGUCUGAAGAACUGGAAUAACUGUACAUCCUUAACCUUACAAUUUAUUGAAAUUUUAUGCAUAGUAAAACUCAGUCUUGUUCCAUUAAGAUGUUUGAUGAAGUUAGGUCACACUGUUAACAUGAAGUAAGAGAACUGAUCAAACCAAAUGAGAAACUGUAAAUUUCAAAAAACGUCUUGCUGCAACAACCUUUCAGGAUAACUAUCAGGUACUUCAAUGUUAAACAUUUAUCCAGUUCUCUCUUUAAAGAGCUCAAAAGGUGUAUCUAAUGUGAUGGAUAAUAGGGCACACUUCUAUUGUUCCUCUAGUGAAAGGACAGAGUGUGGGAAACCAGAGGAGACUCACUCACAGAGCCCUGUGAGACAAUAGAUCCAGACCUUUGCCCUGAGGAGACAGAGAUUAAAAAGGACUCUGGCUCCUCAGUGAUAUAAAUCAGCUUCACCAUGUAUUAGAAUACUGUUAUGUCAUCUAGUGACAGCCCAUUACUUUUACUAUAUUUGAAAAAGUUUCUUUCUGCUUCACUAUAUAAGUUAACCAGUUUAACAUACUUAACAUAAGAUUUGGGUUAAUUGCACUCCACACUAUGUUUCACUAUGAAUUAUACAACUUCCUGAUGCUUGGGUUUUAAACAGCAGAGAAUGGUCUUCUUUUUUUCAAAAAAAAAAAAAAAAAAAAAAA